AUGCCGCGACAGCUGCAUAUGACGUACUUGAUGCUCUGCCCUAACGGCUGCACGCCGCCAUCAGCGCCGCAACCACCACCGCAACCACAACCACCGCAGCCCGACGACGAGUUCGACGUCAACUCCGCUGAGGCGGCAGAGGAGGUGACGCAGUGGGACGAGCAGCAGCAGGUCCCCGGUGUCCCGGAGCAGACGGCGAUCCUAGCCUCCUUCAGCGUGCAGCGCUUGCGAAGGCUGAAGGAGGAACAACGCGAGUUCAUCAAUGACGCCAACUUCGAGCACGCCAUCGAGAUCUCGCGCCAGGGGCCGGCCACGGAGGAGGCGGGACGGCUCCUCAUGGCAACCGAGCGACAGAAGAUCCUUGAGCACAACGCUCAGCGUCAGGCCGAGGCGGCUGCCCGCAAGCAAGCGAGGCUCGCCCAGAAUGAGGCGUCUCGCCAGUGGCUUGCGUCUCUGAGAGGACAGUGCCGCCGGCAAGCUCCAGCGACGUCAGCGGCCAUGCUCCACCACCAGAUGCGCGAAGCAAGGGUGGAGAGGCGGGCACUGAUGGAGGCGACAAAGGGGAAGAACGGCGACGAGGCAGGCCCACCGCGCGCCCCUGCCGAUGACCAACAGAUUAGGGUUCGAUCUAGUUUGAAUUUCCAAAAAUUUAAAUGA